AACUGCGUCCCGGGCCGAGCGGAGCAGUGGUUCUUCGGCGCGUGCGAAGGACAGGGCGGCGGAAGGGGUCCGGAGGGCGGGCUGGAGGCCGUCCUUCCCCGCUCCCGCCCUGGCCCCGGGCGCUCCCGCGUUCCCUCCCCGCGCCCGUCAUCUGUCCUACCGAAACUCGGCGAGCUCGCCGUGUCAGCACGCCCCCCGCGGGGGCCCGGGGGAGCUGGGCCGAGAGAGACGGCCCCGGAGGUCCGGGAAGACGGGGAAAGGGAGAAAUUCGAGAAACAAGCCUCUCGGGGAGAACCAGACAGACCAGGCUCAGGCUGCCCAGGGGGCUCAGGCCCGGAGCCCAGAGUAACCAGCACAAUAGCGUCCAACAACUGGAACACCAGCAGCAGCCCCGGGGAGGCCCGGGAGGAUGGGCCCGAGGGCCUGGACAAGGGGCUGGACAACGAUGCGGAGGGGGUGUGGAGCCCGGACAUCGAGCAGAGCUUCCAGGAGGCCCUGGCCAUCUACCCACCCUGCGGCCGCCGCAAGAUCAUCCUGUCGGACGAGGGCAAGAUGUACGGUCGGAAUGAGCUGAUCGCACGCUAUAUUAAAUUGAGGACGGGAAAGACUCGGACAAGAAAGCAGGUGUCCAGCCACAUACAGGUUCUAGCCCGGAAGAAGGUGCGGGAGUACCAGGUCGGCAUCAAGGUCUCUAGCCACUUGCAGGUUCUAGCCAGGCGGAAAUCUCGGGAGAUUCAGUCCAAGCUGAAGGCCAUGAACCUGGACCAAGUCUCCAAGGACAAAGCCCUGCAGAGCAUGGCCUCCAUGUCCUCUGCCCAGAUCGUCUCUGCCAGUGUCCUACAGAACAAGUUCAGCCCGCCCUCCCCUCUGCCCCAGGCCGUCUUCUCCACCUCCUCUCGGUUCUGGAGCAGCCCCCCGCUCCUGGGACAGCAGCCCGGACCCUCUCAGGACAUCAAGCCCUUUGCACAGCCAGCCUACCCCAUCCAGCCGCCCCUGCCACCGACGCUCACCGGUUACGAGCCCCUGGCCCCGCUCCCCCCAGCUGCUGCCUCUGUGCCCGUGUGGCAGGAUCGCACCAUCGCCUCUUCCCGGCUGCGGCUCCUCGAGUAUUCCGCCUUCAUGGAGGUGCAGCGAGACCCUGACACGUACAGCAAACACCUGUUUGUGCACAUCGGCCAGACCAACCCCGCCUUCUCGGACCCACCCCUGGAGGCAGUGGAUGUGCGUCAGAUCUACGACAAGUUCCCUGAGAAGAAGGGUGGACUGAAGGAGCUCUAUGAGAAGGGGCCCCCCAACGCCUUCUUCCUCGUCAAGUUCUGGGCGGACCUCAACAGCACCAUCCAGGAGGGCCCGGGAGCCUUCUACGGGGUCAGCUCCCAGUACAGCUCAGCCGAUAGCAUGACCAUCAGUGUCUCCACCAAGGUGUGCUCCUUUGGCAAGCAGGUGGUGGAGAAGGUGGAGACGGAGUACGCCAGGCUAGAGAACGGGCGCUUCGUGUACCGCAUCCACCGCUCGCCCAUGUGCGAGUACAUGAUCAACUUCAUCCACAAGCUGAAGCACCUACCAGAGAAGUACAUGAUGAACAGUGUCCUGGAGAACUUCACCAUCUUGCAGGUGGUCACCAGCCGAGACUCCCAGGAGACCCUGCUUGUCAUUGCUUUUGUCUUCGAAGUCUCCACCAGCGAGCACGGGGCCCAGCACCAUGUCUACAAGCUGGUCAAAGACUAGGGUGUGCCCCACCCCUACCACCAGGAUUCAGGACAAACAUCUUUUUCACACACCUGCCUGGCAAGCCCGGGGGUCAAGGACUGAGGAUUCAUCUGCCUGCCAGGCCUCAGGACCGGGACCCAGGAGGCCUCCCCAUGUUACCCCAGUGCACACACUCCCUGCCACUGUUCUGCGCUUUAACUGUGGGAGAAGAGGGGAGCUCAGGGGUGUGACAGCCUAGCUGGGAUGCCAAGACCAUCACCCAGUUCUGCCUAGCCUCAAAUGAAUGGGAAGACACUUUUGGGCUCAGGUGUAUGUGGCCACUGGCCCCUCAGGGGAGUGUGGCAGGUGGGUGAGGGAAGACGAGGGGAGGCAGGGCACAGAGGCCAGAAAGGAGUGUGGAGGUGGGGUUGGGCUAAGAAGAAGAAAAGGGCCCACACUCUUUGCACUUGUUGUGUGCCAGGCCCCCUGUGUGCCUGGUGCACCCUCAGACCCUGCAGGGCAAGCGUGGGUCUCGGUGUCUCGGAUGAGGAACUGUGGGGUGGUGGGCAGAGCUGCCCGUCCCCAGAGCCCAGGUUUACACUACCUCCCUUCAGCGCACUGGGCCCAGCGGGUGGGGAGAGACUGCACUGAGGGACUGGGGCCAGCGGGGUCGGGGGCCCCUUGGCAGGAGGAGAAGCUGCUUCUGACCGGACACGAAAGAUGAGCAGCAGGUACUCGGCACAUGUCAAGCACCCUCUGUCAGCCUGCAAUUUAGUCAGGGGGCCUCGGGAACCUGCUGCUGCUCGACCUCCCCCAAGCCUCCCUGGCCCAGAUCCUUUGUCAAGUCCCCUAGCAGCCUCCUGGUGGGGGUAGGCCCUGGGGGACAGGCCCAGGCUCAGAAAUAGGCCAGAGGGUCAUAUAGGAAGAUGGAGACUUAGCUUCUGGGCAGACCCGUGGCCCAGGGACAAGGGGCAGCAAGGGCUUUGAUAUUUCAUCUUGCCUGAGACUGUGGUUCGGUGAACCCUCAGUGGGUGCCACCGCCUGUGUUGUUCCUCACCUCAGUCUCCCCACCUGGAGCAGCAGCCCCCAGACCCAGGUCUGGGACUGAAGGUGAGCCCUGCCUGCUGCCUCUUCCCAACACCCAGGCCCCUCAGCCACCGGUAUUUAUGUUUCAUAUGAAGUACUGUGUCCUUCCCCUCCUUACCCCGCCCCGUCCUGCCCCACCCUGCUCUGAGCUUCCUGAAGGUCCUCACAGUUUGCAUAUCGCUCAGGCCACCUCCAAACCCAACCUAGGUUUUAUAAUGUGUAUUAUAUAUUUUUUGUGUAUUUUUUAAAUCCAGCUGUGAUGGGUUAUAUCAUAAAUGUGGCGCAGGGCUGGGGCAGGCGCCCUCAAGGCCUGCUCCAAAAAAGAAUUAAAGUUAUUUGUUUGUGGGUGA